AUGAGACAGAAACACUGGUGUGGGAUGACCGCCAAAACAGGCACCAUGUUAUCAAGGGUUUUUACCAUCGUAGCCACUUACAUGUACCUCAUCUUCGAACAGAAGCACCUAAGAAGCAGCAAUUGCACUGAGAUGAACCAAUGGAACAAGAAUGUAACUAUCCUGAUAAAACAGCUCAUCAUCUGUUGGAGCUUGAAUAUUGUCUUCUUCCUAUCUUUCAUCACCAUCAUCAUCAGCUGCUUGCUCAUAUACUCAGUCUACGCCCAGAUAUGCAGGGGCUUGGUGGUUUACAUCAUCUGGAUCUUUUUCUAUGAAACCAUCAACAUUGUAGUACAAGUCCUGACCAACAACAACACCGGCAUUGCAGAGGUCAGG